GUCCAAAAUAGAAUAAAGACUUCUAUAAUUUUUUUAUUAGACAGAAUUUCAAUCCGUUUCCAUCGUAUAUUAUUUUACCAUUGCUGCUUUUCAUACAAAUACCACGAAAGCUUUAAUAUUUCUACUUUCUAAAUCUGUAAUCCUUUUUAAAUUUCGCGUAAAUCAUGGGCGACGAGGAGUCAGAUUCACGAGGUCGCCGGGACAGUGCUUUGGAGUCUCCAGAUCUUGACGUAGAGUUUAAUUGGUCUAAGUCUUUAGAUGAAUCUAGCACUGACGGAGUGUUGGGUUUAGAAACAAACUUAGAUCCUAAUCUGGACGUUUUGGACGACUCCAGAGAGCAAGGCGAGGAUGAUGCUGUUGAUGAUCCGGUGAGUUUUAAUAGUUUAUAUAUUUUUUAAUAUUUUCGUUGCACAUUAUCAAUAAAAUGCAAAUCGAUGAAACGUGUAACCAUGUAAACGUACCUUUACCUGAUCCUCAGUUCCGAUCAUCCAUCAAGACGUAACUAUCCAGAUGGAAUAUCAUUCAAAUAUUCAUAAUUUUACCAGGAACUUGAAGCGAUCAAAGCCAGAGUGAAAGAAAUGGAGGAAGAAGCAGAAAAAUUAAAAGAUAUGCAGAAGGAAAUUGAAGGAUCUUUGAAUCUAAGCAUGAGUCCAACAAAUGCAGGUAUUGACCUGGCUGCAAUGUUUGGAAAUUAGUAGAAAAAGUACUACAAAAUCAAAAUAUUGGUUGCACAAAAUUUUCCAGUGGGAGUACUUAUGGGAACCAUCAAUUGUGAGAGUAUUCCACCUUUCAAUGUGUUAUUUUUGUGCACCACCAUCAAUUUCAUUGUGAAUUAAUAUUUCUGAGCAUCGAAAGAUGAGUUUAGGAACUCUCAAAUCUCGUGCUUGAAUGUUCUUUGAAUCCUAAAUCCUGGAAAUAUUGGGAAAUACUUGUGCUUUAUAUUCUAGCUUUGCCAACUCUUGAAGAAAAACAAGAAGUCGAUGCAAGAUCAGUUUAUGUUGGAAAUGUAAGAUUUGCAUCUGAAACAGCUAUCCUGAAAUUUAGAUAACGGUUAGCAUUGAUUUACGCAUUCGUGUUUUCAGGUGGAUUAUUCUGCAACAGCAGAAGAACUUGAGCAACAUUUUCACGGCUGUGGAUCAGUCAACAGAGUUACAAUCUUAUGUGACAAAUACAGUGGACAUCCCAAAGGGUGAGUUGAACUAUGGGCGCUUUCCAUUAACUCAGUCAGAACGGUCAAAUUGUUGAAUGCCACACAAAACGUUCGGGCUUCGGGCCUUUCUGACCGGAAAAUUUGGAACAAAUUAGAAGGAUGCCCAUUUUCACUAGAUUUUCGAGAAACAUGGGCCAGAUCUUUGCCAUUAAUAUCGAAAAAUAUUUAAUAGUACUUAGUUUCAUGUAGCAAGACACCCUUCUGGAAAGGGUGUAUUUCUACAUGAAUUUAUUAUUUCAAGCCCUGCCUUUGGACUAAUGAUAACCUUUGAUUGUAUGUAUUUAGUUUUGCUUAUGUUGAAUUUGCUGACAAAGAAAGUGUACACAACUCUACUGUUUUAUCAGAUUCAUUGUUCAAGGGUCGACAAAUCAAGGUAAGAUUGGCCUUUCGGCUAAGCCAAAGUUGUUAAGGCAUUUGUGUGAAAUCUAUCUAAUGGCAAUUGAUGGUAUAUUUUAAUUCAGGUUAUGCCAAAACGAACAAAUCAACCAGGUGUCAGCACAACGGAUCGAGGAUUCCCGAGAGGUCGGGGACGAGGCAGAUCUCGUGGUUUUCACAGUCCUGGCUAUUUUCCGGGAUAUCGACCUAGAAUACGAGGUCGUGGAAUGUACAGGUAGGGUGAUAUCUGACCAAGAUAUGUCCAGUCAGUGGUCAUUUUCGAAUGUGGGUCGGCUUAGGCCUUUGUAUCAUCCCACAUUUUUAACACAACAUUUGAGGUGAAGCCCAAAUUUUAUGCUUGUGCCCAAAAAUCCAAAGCCUACUUGAAAAUAGAUUCUCUCUUGAGAUAAAAUUGUCCAAGUCCUUUACCAUUGAAGGGAAAAAGCAUGCUGCGGGGUGGUAAACUUGGUCCUGUGCACAAUGUGGGUAAAAGACUGAAGUGGACAUGAUUAGCCCUUGCAACUGUAAGGUGUACCUAUAUUAGGUAAAUCUGAUGCUUUUUCAGUUUAUAUAAUGAAUUACAAGAUACUUCACAUUCUCUUCAUAGACCAAGACGGGCAAGAUGGUAUCCAUACUAACCAUGCAGCGAAAGUCAGCAGCAUUUUGGAUGGUUUGAGUUGGUGUUUUUUAAAUUUUUGUUUCCAAAUGAUUUUUCCUUUUACCUUUUGAUUUUUUAAUUUGUUUUCUUUCUGUUAAUUUAACAUUGUAUUUAUUUUUUUAGCAACCUUUGUUCUUUUGUGGAUUAUUUCAGGUGAUUAUAACUCUGUUUGGAUUCUUACCAUGAAAAGCUUUUCCUCCCUUUAUCAGUGUUUUCCCCACCAUGACCCCUUUGCACCACAUUGUUAGUUCUGGUAUGUAUUUUAGUUUUGUUUUCUAAUGAAUUUCUAAAGGUUGUCAUGAUGAGAAAAAAAAGGAAAAGAAAAAAAAUAAAGAAAAAAGGGUGAUGAAAAAAAUAAAAGAAAAAAGAGAAAAAAAAGAAAAAAUAAUAAAAGAGAAGAACCAGAAAAAAAUAUACCAAAAUUUUAAAGCAAAAAAUGUUGAUGAAAAACCAUGAAACUGAUAACCCAUUUAUCACAUGUAGUGUAUAUAGCGUUGUUUACAGGUGAAACUGAGUUUCUUGAAGUGUGAAAUUAUAAACUGAAGCAGAAAAGAUAAAGAAUUCUACUCCUAUGGCUAUGGACAAAUGAUAAUACAGAAAGCUAGCCUGAAGUCAAAUUCACUGAAAUGCUGUUCUCAAAUCUGUAUUUUGGAAUAGAAGAGUAAAUUGUAUCGAGUUGUUCAGUUUUUUUGUACAAAUUUUGUUACAUGCCAAACAAAUUUUGUUACCGUGGAUUUCACUUCAGGCUAGUUUUUGUAAAGUCUCUUUACACUUGGAAAAAGGUUGAAGAACAGUCGGUGACCGAAUAAAGCAAUUUUCUGGACUUGUGGACAAUGAAGAAUAGAGUCAUGCGAGAAUAAUGAAGAUGUAUAGAAUUUUUCCUACGUGAAAUUAUUAGCAAGCUAAUUCAUGAAUACAUGGUCUUGUAGAACGUUUAUCCCAGCUUAGGUUUUGUAUACCCUGAAACUCUGUAUGUUUUGGUGAAUAAAAUUUGUCUUGAUAAUAAUGUGUAUGAGUGCUAUCC